AUGAAGCAGCACCUGGCCGACCUCCCCCGCCUUGCCUCUAUCUCUCCCGGGGAAAAGCUGGGCCUCUAUUUAGCGGCCUCCCCGCAUGCAGUCAGUUUCGUCCUGACCAGGGAAAGCUCCGGCCAGCAGCUCCCGAUCUACUACGUCAGCCACGUCUUGAGCGGACCCGAGGAGCGUUACCCGCCGAUAGAAAAACUCGCACUCGCCCUGGUGCUCUCGGCUCGGAAGUUGCGCCCCUACUUCCAGGCACACCUAGUGGAGAUCAUCACCGACCAACCUCUUUGGCAGGUCCUAACAAAAUUUGAUGUUGCAGGGCGGCUCUUCAAAUGGGCGGUGGAGCUCGACGAACAUGAUAUAAGAUACGUGCCCAGGACCGCCAUCAAGGCCCAAGCAGUAGCCGACUUCAUCGCGGAGCUAACUCAGAUAGAGGACAGAGAUCUCGAGCAAACCCCCGAGGCUUGGACCCUAUACGUGGACGACUCGGCCAGCUCAAGAGGCACCGACACGGGUUUGGUUCUUCUCGCCCCCGACGGGCGCUCGUUCGAGCGCUCCCUCCGUUUUGGGUUUAAGGCCACUAACAAUGAAGCGGAGUACGAGGCGCUCCUAGCAGGACUAAGGCUGGCCCUCGAGAUGCAGGUGGCCGCUAUACACGUCCUCACCGACUCGCAGCUCGUGGCCGAGCAGCUCCGCGGGGGAUACGAAGCUAGGGACCCAACCAUGGCGAAAUACCUGGCACGAGUAAAGGACCUAAGUACCAAGUUCCCUUAUUUUACAUUAUCUAAUGUUCCGAGGGGGGAAAACGAGCGAGCCGACGUGCUAGCUAAGCUGGCGUCAAAACCAACCCCCGAAGCAUGGCCGGAGAUCGAGGAGCUCCCCGCCCGCGCCGUCGAAGUAGCGACUAUGGCCCCAGGCAACGCGCCGAUCACAUGGGUACAAGAGCUGCUACGCUUCAAGCGAGAUGGGACCCUUCCCCACGAUGAAGUUGCGACCCGGCGCCUACGUCGUACACACGCAUGGUACACCGAGGAGAGUGGGCAGCUUUAUAGGCGGUCCUUCACCUACCCCCUUCUACGAUGCUUGGAGCUUGACGAAGCCCAGACGGUCUUGGCCGAGAUCCACGAAGGAGUCUGGGAGAACACAUCGACGGGCGAACCUUGGCACAUAAAAUACUCCGCCAAGGAACACGCCUGCGCACCCCGGCAGCCAGCGGUACCGCUCAGCCCCAUCGAUUGCGCAUGGCCGUUCGCGCAGUGGGGUUUGGACCUGCUUGGACCUUUCCCACCGGCUUCGGGGCAGCGGAGGUACAUCAUCGCAGGAGUGGACUAUUUCACAAAGUGGAUCGAGGCCGAGUCGUUGGCGAUAAUCACGAAACAACAAAUGGAGAGGUUCAUGUGGAGAAACCUAGUAACCUGGUUCGGGUUGCCCAAAGCCAUUAUCACGGAUAACGGACCUCAGUUCGCUGGCAGAAGGUUCCGAGAGUUCUAUGCCGGUCAUGGCAUCCAGCUAAGGUUCAGCUCGGUGGCCCACCCUCAGACGAACGGGCUGGCGGAGGUGACCAAUCGGUCCAUCUUGGACGGGCUCAAAAGAAGAGUGUCCGCGGCCCGAUCGUCCUGGACGGAUGAGCUCCCUAGCGUCCUAUGGGCACUACGCACUACUCCCAAGACUGCGACUAGUGAGUCCCCGUACAGCCUGACGUUCGGAACUGAAGCUGUCCUGCCACCCGAGGUAGCCAUCGCCACCCUUCGGACAGAAGACUUCGAUGAGAGGGCCUCAGACGAGGGACUUCGAGCCAACCUCGACAUGCUCGAAGAGCGACGCGCCGAGGCCCACUUGAAAGCCCUCUCUUACAAGAAGGCCGUCGCAAGGGUCUACAACAGGAAGAUACGACCCCGACCGAUCAAGUUGAGCGACCUGGUCUUACGCAAGACCGAGGUGAAUGACCUGACCCGAGCGAAGGGAAAGUUGGCUCCCAAAUGGGAAGGACCUUAUCGGGUCGUCGAGGUAGUCCGACCGGGUACUUACAGGCUCGCGACAAUGGACGGUUCCUCCCUGCCGAGAACAUGGAACGUCCAGAACCUUAAAAGGUUUUUUGUCUGA